AAAAGUUUCUCUGCGGAAAACUGUUGCUUCCCCAGCCGAGCCCCACCCUCGUGGGGAGCCUGGUCCCCGCCCGCCUUCCCACGGCCCCAGCCUCUCUCCUGCUCGGCUUUCCCCCUUCCCCCGUUGCAGCUGCUAGGCGCCAUAGUUGCUUAUUGUUCCUACUUCUUUCCGUCCCAGCGCAUCUGAGGCGCGGAACACGGGUGCCCUCGAGCCUUUUAUUAGGAACCAGGCGAGGAGCUGGCAGGUCUGAAUCCAGCCCAGUGUUCGCUGAGCUGCAAACAAAAAGGGGACCCUCUCUCUCUUUUCUUUUUUACAGAGCGGAAGCAGACCGAGAGGUCUUACUUUAGCAGCAUGCAUCAAGUUUUCUCUGAAACUCCCCCCCCCCCAACACACACACAUGUGGCUUGGUGGUAGAGUUGAGAAAUCUCUCCUUCACUAUCUGUUGUUUUUGUUCUAAUAUUCUUUCAGCUCAUCAGGCAUGUGGCAUCCUUCUGUGACAGGAUAAGAAGGAAGUAGUGCUUUAAAAACAACAACACCCCCCAACGCCCUUUAGUAUGCUAGUUUCUGCAGAAGGGAAGGAAUAUACUGUAAUCUUGUUUGUGAGUACCAAAGCAGGGGAUGGUAGCUAAACUACUUUGGUUUAACUUGAAUCACAAUUAAAAUUUGUGAUAAUUGUGUAUGCUGCACUUGGAUUGAACAAUAGCCCAAUGGCAGUACUUGGCAUAUCGAAAGGGUUGCUUAAUAAUGCCAUCUUGUCUGUUUCCGUUGUUAGCAAUCUUACCAGUUUUAAAACCUGAGUUUUUCUGUCAUAGGUUUUGCUUGGAGACCAAGAUGGGAACAUAGUAAUUUAUCACCCUUCCACCAAAGACUUCAUGGCAGUCCUCACUCAAAUGUAUAUGCAAUUAUGUUGUCAGUCUUAACAAAAAAUUACUACAACAGUAUCUGGAAAACAUUGCCAGUCUUGCAGGAAUGCUUUAGAUUUCCCUUGAAACUGGUGUUUUGCCUGAGGAGGAAUUUUUGAAUUUCAUUUCGAACAAAAUCUGGUGGUAAUUUACACUGUAAUCCUAUGCAUGUAUAUUAAGAAGUAAGCUCUGUUGAGUUCAGUGGGACUUACUUCUGAGUAAAUUUGUAUAAGAUAACAGCCUUAAGGAGUUCCAUGAAAACCCCACUGAAAACUGUUCCUAGCCAGUCAAAAUAAAAUAUUUUACUUUCCUUGAAAUCUUUCAGAUUAUUUAUUACCCAAGGAAGAACUCCCAAAAUCAAUAUGAAUUUGACUUUAUGUAAAAUUUCAGUGGUAACUUCUUAAGAAUUAGUCAGUUGGCCUGUGGAUGGAGAAAUUGGAAAGCUUGAGACUAAAGCAGUUGAAUAUUAGUUACAGAAACAACUAUGGCAGACAUAAACCAUAUAAUGAAAUCCCCACAAACUAUGACAGAUGCAAAAAAAUUCCCUGGUUCUGAAGGGAAGAGCAUACCUAUUAGCAAAUCUGUGGACUCUGUGAUACCAGCAGAUGAGAGUUACAGAAUGGAUCACCCCGAAAUGGGAAUGUGUCUUUUAGUCAACAAUAAAAACUUCCAUCCAGCUACUGGGAUGGCAUAUCGAUCUGGUACAGAUGCAGAUGCUGCACAUGUUGUAGACACGUUCAGGACCUUGGGGUACACGGUCAAACCUUAUAAUGAUCUUGCAUGUAAGGAGAUUGUUGACGUUUUGCGUAAUGCUGCCAAGGAUGAUCACAACAAGAGAAGCAGUUUUGUUUGUGUCUUGUUAAGCCAUGGAGAGGAUGGGCUCAUCUAUGGUACAGAUGGUCCUCUGGAGCUAAAAAUGUUAACAAGUCUCUUCAGAGGAGACAGAUGCAGGACCUUGGCAGGAAAGCCAAAGCUCUUCUUUAUUCAGGCUUGUAGGGGAACAGACCUUGAUUCUGGUAUUGAAACAGACAGUGCCACGGAUGAAAGCACAUGUCAGAAAAUACCUGUAGAAGCCGACUUCCUCUAUGCCUAUUCAACUGCUCCCGGCUACUACUCUUGGAGGAACUCAUCAGAUGGCUCCUGGUUUAUACAGUCACUGUGCGGGAUGCUGAAACAGCAUGCUACAAAACUUGAACUUUUGCAAAUUCUGACACGUGUAAACCGCAAGGUUGCAGAAUUCAGUUCUUAUUCAAACAGGCCAGACUUCCAUGGAAAGAAGCAGAUCCCUUGUAUUGUGUCUAUGCUCACAAAAGAUUUUUAUUUUCCUCACUAGCUUCCUACACUGUGAUGUGAAAGCUAGCAGAAGAGCGCUAGCAUUUUAUAUUAUUUUUUAACUCUUGACCUGAUGUCCAGUCUUUAAUACAUAGGUUGUAUUGAAAUGUUAUGACCUAUGGAGUGGAUUACUACAAUCACUAGAAUAGUGGGAUCACUUGCUAGUUCAGAAAUUCUAGUUUGGAAAAUGAAAAUAUAUGUAGAUUUGCAGUUAUGCUCUAACCUCCACGCUAAAAAUAGAUUGAAGGAAGAGAUCAACCAUUACUGUCGGAAAAAAGUAUCAGUUACCACAGACUGAAGAGCAAUAAAAGGUUACUUUUUGUUAACUUUGGUAACUGUUGCAGCCCAAUCCUGGGGUUAUUUACCUGAAAGCAAAAGAUUGAUAGAAAUGGUAUUUUCCCCCAAGUCAAUACCAUUAGAAGUGGAGAAAUUAAUGUCAUUACACAAGAGUACAGUUUUUCAAUAUGGCAUAAGGACUAAACUAUUAGCUUUCAUAUACAAUCAUGUAGCACAAUCAAACUUGAGAUAGUUAUUCAGCCUUUUAGAAAAGGCUAAAUGAAAUGCUUUUUGAGCCUUUUCAAAGCAUUUUGACCACUUUAGAAUACCUUAAGAUUUUUUUUUUUAA